AUGUUCUCUGCUUCUCCCGAAACCCGACCUUCGCCCUCACCGAUAUCCAACCUCAUCACCACCCAAACCUCCCACCUUCCACACCCCACCAGCUCCCUCCUCGCCCUGCCCCUCGAGAUUCUCCACAACCUUCAGCAUCAACACUCUUGGACCAGCCUGACGGUACACUGCAUCACCGCAACCGGCACGCUCCACGACUUCCCCUCAACCACCGGCCCCUCACCUUUACCAACCGACUCCGCCACCACCACCACCAUCCUCCUCUCUGGCCUUCCACCCCGCCACGCCUACAUCCAUCCCGACCUGCAGACCCUCCUCCUCAAGCACUCGCUCAACGCCCACAGCGAUCUCGCCGUGCAGCGCGAGUGGGUCCUCCCGCUGGGCCUCGGCGCGAAGCCAAGCCUCGCAUGGCUGAGUCGCGUGUUUGACGCGCUACCUUUGAGGGACGAGGUGCGUUUACGUGGGGAUGGAGAUGGGACUGGGGAUGGGGACGUGAAGGGGCCCGAGGAAGAAGAGGUGGGGAAGCGGCGGUGGCUGAUGCAGAGACAGAGGGAAUUGAACGAGACUGCCGCCGUCGAAAGGAGCGGCGGCGGGAAGGAGGAGGUUGCAAGCCGAGACGACGGAUCUAUGGGCGAGAUUGAGCGGCAGCAAGAUCAAGAUGCUGGUGUUGAGCGAGGAGAGGGCAACGGAGAAGACGUCGCGGCGCCGCAGCCGUCGGGGUCAAUCGCGGCAAAGGAGGAUUCUGGCGAGCAGAGGUGGCAAGAUGGAAAGCGUCUGCUGCUGGCGAUGAAGGGUCACGAUGGCAUGGGCGGCGAUGGUACGGUGGCGUACUACGUGUGCUUGGAUGGUGAGGUGAAGCCUAGACAGCAUGGUUGA